AGAAAAAUGCUCAAAUCUACUAGAGUCAUUCUCAACAAUAAGAAAACCAGUGCUAUGGUCUUGGGCACUGCUCAAAAUCGUUUCUAUUCUGCUGAAAAGAAGAACGUUGUUGUCAUUGGUGGUGGUCCAGGUGGUUACGUUGCUGCUAUCAAGGCUUCUCAACUCGGCUUGAAGACUGCUUGUGUUGAAAAGAGAGGUUCUUUGGGUGGUACUUGUUUGAAUGUUGGUUGCAUACCAUCAAAGGCUUUGCUCCAUGCUUCUCACUUGUAUCAUGAAGCUCACGGAACUACUUUUGCCAAGUGGGGUAUCACAAUGAAGGAUUUAAAUAUGGAUGUAUCUGUUAUGCAAAAGCAAAAGGAUAAGGCUGUCAAGGGUCUUACUGGUGGUAUUGAAUUCCUCUUCAAGAAGUAUAAAGUUGAAUAUGUUAAAGGUGAAGGUACUGUUACUGGAAAGAAUGAAGUUUCUGUCAAGGGAUUAGAUGGAAAGAAUUCAACAAUUGCAACUGAUAAUAUUGUCAUUGCUACUGGUUCUGAAGCCACUCCACUUCCAUUCCUUCCUUUCGAUGAAAAGGUUAUCUUGUCAUCAACUGGUGCUCUUGCUCUUGAUCAUGUUCCAAAGAGAAUGACUGUCAUUGGUGCUGGUGUUAUUGGUUUGGAAAUGGGUUCAGUUUACUCUCGUUUAGGAAGUGAAGUCACUGUUAUUGAAUACUCUGAUCGUAUUUCACCAUUUUUGGAUAAGGAAGUCAGUGCUGUCUUCCAAAAGACUAUGGAAAAGCUCGGUAUGAAAUUCAAAUUGGGUGUUUCUGUCAAGUCUGGUAAGGUUGUUGAUGGAAAGACUUGUCAACUUGAACUUGUUAACAAUGCUACUGGUGCUGCUGAAACCUUUGAAUCUGAUGUUUGUUUGGUUUCUAUUGGUCGUCGUCCACAUACUGCUAACUUGGGAUUGAAUAAUGUUGGUAUUACUCUUGAUGAACGUGGACGUGUUCCAGUUGAUGAUCAUUUCCGUACUAGUGUUUCAAAUAUUUAUGCUAUUGGUGACGUUGUUAGAGGUCCAAUGCUUGCUCACAAGGCUGAAGAUGAAGGUAUUGCUAUUGCUGAACAAUUGGCUGGUCGUAGUGGUCACGUCAAUUAUGAUGCCAUUCCAAACGUUAUUUAUACUCACCCAGAAAUUGCCUCAGUUGGUAAGACUGAAGAAGAAUUAGUUAAGGCUGGUAUCAAGUAUAAGGUUGGUAAAUUCCCAUACAGUGCCAACUCUCGUGCUCGUACUAUUGAUGAUGGUACUGAAGGUUUCGUCAAGAUUUUGGCUGAUGCUCAAACUGAUAAGGUUUUGGGUGUUCACAUCAUUGGUAUCUAUGCUGGUGAAUUGAUUGCUGAAGCUACUUUGGCUAUGGAAUAUGGAGCUAGCUCUGAAGAUAUUGCUAGAACUUGUCAUGCUCACCCAACUCUCUCAGAAGCUAUCAAGGAAGCUGCUGUUGCUGCUUAUGAUGGUAAACCAAUCCACGCUUAAAUUAAAUAACUUUAUUUAUUUUGAAA